AUGACCGCCCUCGGUCGUGCUUCGGGGGUCCGCGCCGGCGGCUGGGGGCAGGCGGGGCGCGCCGUGCGGGGAUCGCCCCCGCCUCUGACCUUCCUCUUUGUGGUGUUGGUGGCGGCGCCCGGCACUCGCGCCGCGGGGUACGAGACAUGCCCCAUGGUGCAGCCAGACAUGCUGAACGUUCACCUGCUGGCCCACACACAUGAUGACGUGGGCUGGAUCAAGACAAUGGACCAGUACUACUAUGGAGUUCAGAAUGAGCUCCACCACGGGGCCGUGAAGAACAUCCUGGACUCGGUCAUUUCUGCCCUGCGGGCAGAGCCCAGCCGCAGGUUCGUCUAUGUGGAGAUGGCCUUCUUCUCCCGUUGGUGGCACCAGCAGACGAACGCAACCCAGCAAGCCGUGCGGGAGCUGGUGCGCCAGGGGCGCCUGGAGUUUGCCAACGGUGGCUGGGUGAUGAACGACGAGGCGGCCACCCACUAUGGUGCCAUCGUGGACCAGAUGACGCUGGGGCUGCGCUUCCUGCAGGACACGUUCGGCGACGACGGGCGCCCCCGUGUGGCCUGGCACAUCGACCCCUUUGGGCACUCUCGGGAACAGGCUUCGCUCUUUGCACAGAUGGGCUUUGAUGGCUUCUUCUUGGGGCGUGUGGAUUACCAGGACAAAGAGCUGCGGGAGAGGAAGCAGGAGAUGGAGCUUGUGUGGCGGGGCAGCGCCAGCCUACAGCCCCCGACUGCCGACCUCUUCACUGGUGUCCUCCCCAGUGUGUAUGGCCCACCGAACAAUGUGUGCUGGGACCUGCUUUGUGAAUCCAAGGUCCUGGAGGAUGACCCUCACAGCCCUCACUACAACGCCAAGGCCCUGGUUGAUCACUUCCUUGAUGUGGCCACUGACCAGUUCCGGAAGUACCGCACCAACCACACCGUGAUGACCAUGGGCGGUGACUUCCAUUAUGAGAAAGCCAACAUGUGGUUCAGUAACCUUGACAAGCUCAUCCAGCUGGUCAACGCAGAGCAGCAGGCAAACGGGAGCCGCGUCCACGUGCUCUACUCCACCCCAGCCUGUUACCUCUGGGAGCUGAACAAGGCCAACCUCACCUGGUCGCUGAAAGAGGACGACUUCUUUCCCUAUGCUGAUGGCCCCCAGCAGUUCUGGACCGGCUACUUCUCCAGCCGGCCGGCCCUCAAGCGCUAUGAGCGCGUCAGCUACAACUUCCUGCAGGUGUGCAAGCAGCUGGAGGCGCUGGCGGGCCUGGCGGCCAACGUGGGCCCCUAUGGGUCAGGAGACAGUGCUCCUCUAGAGGAGGCCAUGGCGGUGCUGCAGCACCACGACGCCAUCACUGGCACCUCCCGCCAGCUCGUGGCGGAGGACUACGCGCGCCGGCUGGCUGCCGGCUGGGGGCGCUGUGAGGUUCUCCUGAGCAACGCCCUGGCGCGGCUCAGCGGCUCCCGGGAGGCUUUCUCCAUCUGCCCGGAGCUCAACAUCAGCGUCUGCCCGCUCAGCCAGAUGUCGGCGCGCUUCCAGGUCGCCAUGUACAACCCCCUGGCCAGGAAGGUGGACCGCAUGGUGCGGCUGCCGGUCAGUGCAGGCACUUUCCUCGUGAAGGACCCCAGUGGCCACGCUGUGCCCAGCGAUGUGCUGCUGCUGCCCCAACCAGAGGGCCAGAAGCCCAGCCCAGAGCUGCUGUUCUCCGCCUCGGUGCCGGCCCUGGGCUUCAGCAUCUACUCCGUAUCCCGAGUGUCUCUCCAGAGAGCCAAUACCCACACCCCCCAGCCGAUUCCCCAGAAGCCUGGGUCUGAUGUGUUGGUCAUCACAAAUGAGUUCAUCCGGGCUACAUUUGACCCAGAGACAGGCCUCUUGAUACGGAUUCACAAUGUGGAGCAGAAACUCGUGUUGCCCGUGAGCCAGUCUUUUUUCUGGUACACUACCAAUUCAGAUAGCAUAAGGGGCAGUCAGGACUCUGGGGCCUACAUCUUCAAUCCCGGACAAAUGGAACCAUUCCGCAUGAGCCGUGGAGCUAAGAUCCAACUUGUGAAGACGCCCUUGGUGCAGGAGGUGCACCAGAACUUCUCAGCCUGGUGUUCCCAGGUGGUUCGCCUGUACCGCGGACAGCGCCACCUGGAGCUGGAGUGGACGGUGGGGCCCAUCCCUGUGGAUGACGGUUUGGGGAAGGAAGUGAUCAGUCGCUUCGACACGCUGCUGGACACCAAGGGCUACUUCUACACGGACAGCAAUGGCCGGGAGAUCCUGAAGAGGAGGAGGAAUUAUCGGCCCACCUGGAACUUGAGCCAGACAGAGCCAGUGGCGGGGAACUACUAUCCAGUCAACACUCGAAUUUACAUCACGGACGGGAAGAAGCAGCUGACAGUGCUGACAGAUCGCUCACAGGGGGGCAGCAGCCUGCGGGAUGGCUCCCUGGAGCUCAUGGUGCACCGGAGGCUGCUGUGGGAUGAUAACCGUGGGCUUAUGGAAGCGCUGAUCGAGGAGGGCCCUGGGUUGCGUGUACGAGGGCGCCACCUAGUGCUACUGGACGUGAUCUCUAAGGCGUCCACGGGGCACCGGCUGCUGGCAGAGAAGGAGGUCCUGGCCCCGCAGGUGGUGCUGGCCCCUGGUGGGGGCACCCCCUACCACUCCGGAGCCUUCUGGGGCACAGAGUUCUCAGGGCUGCGCCGGGAGCUCCCGCCCUCUGUGCACCUGCUCACCCUGGCCCGCUGGGGCCCAGGAACCCUGCUGCUGCGUUUGGAGCACCAGUUUGCCAGUGGGGAAGACUCAGGCCGCAAGUUGAGCUCCCCCGUGACCUUGAAUUUACAGAGGCUGUUCUCCACCUUCACCAUCACCCGCCUGCAGGAGACCACGCUGGCAGCCAAUCAGCCCCGGGCCAGCACUUCCAGGCUCCAGUGGACCCCAGACACUGGCCCUGCACCCAACCCCACAGUGCCCAAACUGAACACAGCUGCCAUCACACUGCAGCCCAUGGAGAUCCGCACAUUUAUGGCCUCGGUCCUGUGCAAAGAGGAUGCCUGGACCCACAGGGAGACCCCUUCCAAGCUUGAGCUCUCUGCUCCCGGGUGGUUCAGACUCUCCUCUUCUCCCCUUGCUGCUGCUGCCACCACCACCCAUGGAAACAAUUCAAAUGGUGCUGCUAAGGCUCAGGUCACUGAGGGACUAGUUGUGGUAUCUUUUGGAGGGAGAUAG